AUGUCGCGGACGAGUUGGACGAGGCCCCGUCACCGCCGUGAAAUCGCACGCACGAUCAAUGCCCCCCGUGACGUCCCGACGCGCGGGCGCCGUAACGCCGACCAUGUGGCUUCUUCGCGCAGUCCCGAGGCUACCACGAACGACGAGGACGAGGACGAUGCAGACUACAACGAGGAGGCAUACGGGACGGACGACGAUGCGGACUCUGGAGAAGAGCCUGACAAGGGCAUGUCCGACUCCGACGCGGAGAGCGACGACGACGACGCACUGGAAGAAUCGCAGCCCGCAACUCCGCCUGUUCGCCGCGGUCAUGGUAAGGCGGCACCGGGAGACAAGAGCGCCACUGUUGGCGGGGAGCCACCUCGACGCGCGCCAAAGACCCAAGAGCCCAUGCCGGUGAAGCGCAGUGUGUGGUCGCCCACGGAGAAAACGAUUCUCGUGGCCGCCCGCUGGUUCAUGAAGGAUGAGCUGGAGCCGCUUCUGGGGAAGCAGGGAUCCCAGUAUUGGGCUCGCCUCCGCCCGCGCGUAGCGGAGACGGCUACCAUGGCCGCGGCAAAACUUGUCUCCGACACCAUCAAGGAUUGCCACGCGGAUGCGAUGGUAAAGCUGGAGGGGCUCGUCCGCGCUUGGAUGCAGCAGGACGCCGAGAUUGCACGCGCCCGCAACCAGUUGCCGGCCCCUCCGCCACCAACCGUCAACAGAGCCCCCGCGGAUGCCGCUACACAGCCCGCAGCGGCCGCCGCCGAAGGCGACGACGGAGUCUGGUUCCGCCGCGGUGAUCACGGCGGUGGGGAAGCUACUCCGGACGAGGCCGAGGAAAUGUGGGUUCGCGGCGACGCCGUGUAA